AGCUUAAGGAGGUUGUUGUUACUCAGAGCUCAGAGUAGGUGCUACACUUUCCUCUGUGGAUUCACUUUUAUCAGCAGCAAUCUGAUCAAAAGUCCCAAUCAUCUGGAGUGAAAAUGGGUGCCCACGGCUCCAACCUGGAUGAUAUCCUGGAGGAGGACAUGCACCACUGGUACACAAAGUUCAUGAGGGAAUCUCCUUCGGGGCUCAUCACGCUCUUUGAGCUGAAGACAAUGCUUGAAAUGAACGGUAUGACAGAGGAGGCCAGCAGUUAUGUGGACCAGGUCUUCGUCACCUUUGACAUGGAUGGGGAUGGCUACAUAGACUUUGUUGAAUAUAUUGCAGGCAUUAGUUUAUUAUUGAAAGGAGAAAUAAAUCAGAAGCUAAAGUGGUACUUCAAGCUCUUUGAUCAGGAUGGAAAUGGAAAAAUUGACAAGGAUGAACUGGAAACUAUAUUUAAGGCCAUUCAAGACAUCACCAGAAGCUACGACAUCCCUCCAGAAGAGAUUGUGAAUCUUAUAUAUGAGAAGAUUGAUGUCAACGGAGAAGGUGAGCUGACGCUGGAAGAGUUCAUCAGUGGAGCAAGGGAGCACCCUGACAUCAUGGAUAUGCUCACUAAGAUGAUGGAUCUAACUCAUGUCUUGGAAAUUAUUGUCAAGGGUCAACGGAGGAAAGCUCUGAACUGAGUCAGUAAACAACAAGCCGAAGAACUGACAUCACCCUGACUUUAAAGACUGUACGCACUUGACGAUGCACCGAGUCCCACCUCAGACUGCAAAAACCCAAACUGACAGAGCAAGACCACACAAAUAUCUCUCUGCAUAUCACCAGAUAACACGCAGAAUGAAGCAACAGAAUGAAGCAGAUAACUUCCUCACCUCUGUUAACCUGUAUGUGCCCUCACAGUCAUUGUACAGUUUACUUUUUAAAAAAAAUUAAAACACUUUACCAAUU